CUGUUCUUCGUUAAGCCAUUAUGAAAAGUUAAAACGAUAAAAAAAUGUAUUGCACCCAAGAUUGCACUUGCAGCUUGUGUCGUGAGUUACGUGGUUUCAAUUUGAAACCAGCAAUUGUGCACAAACAAUCUAAAUAUAAUGGUGGACCAUCGAAUGAUAAUUUUAUCCUACGUCGUCGCUUAUCGGAUACUGAUGAUAGCCGGGCACCCGUCCGGAUCGUCGACAGUGUGAGCAAAAAAUCGUUAACCAAAUCAAAAAGUUACAGUGAAUUAUGGAAGCGGUUUGAUCCGAGAAAUGUGUCGAAGAAAAAAGUUAAGGAUGCGAAAUCGAGUACCAAGGACGGCUCGAAAAAGGCUGAUGGGCAUAAAGUGAUAAUUUAUUUCGGUGAUUCGAUUCCACAUAAGCGACAACCGCUUACACCGUACAAGGCCGAUGGUGAUGAUUUUGAGCAUGCUAGUCGCCUGUGCAACGAAAUCGAUGGAAAGAAAUCGGGAAGCAGAACAACCAAAGUAAUGAUAACCAAAGAUGGAACCGAUGCGAAGAGGAAAGCCGAUGAUCAACAUGUUAAAAGCAAAUCAGAAGUGGACGUAAUGAUGCAAUUGAAGACGGUGUUGAAUCAAAAAAAUAACCCGAAUAGUGAUGCCAAAACCGGCUCGUGUGCUAAUAAAACAGUCGUGGAAUUACCACCGGAGCCAACUAAAUUACGGGACAAAAGUGUCGAGACCCGAAAUGGGGAUGACCUUUCGUUACCAUCGUAUAUUGAAAGUGUUGUAAAUGGGGUGGUUAAUGUUAAAGUGGAAAAUAAUUUCGAGCAUGCGUCGAAACUAGUAAAGUGUAUAUCCAAUGGAGGAGCAACGUCUCUUGGAAGUGAUGGUAUUGAUGAUUAUUUUGACUGGAGCUUUGUACAAGAAUGGAGAACUCGACCAUCUGGAAAUCUUCGUUCUGAAUUACCUCCGUUUCAACAAUCAUCUACACAACUUCCUGUCAGAGCUUCAAAUCAAUCACAUGCUUUAGCCAAUUCAUCAAACAUAUCAUCUGGCAGUCAGAUCACAAGUCCGAAUUCUGGCCCGUGUUCAGGGCGUAUUCAAAGUCCAGUAGUUGCCCAACCUGCACCGAGGAAAGAAAUUCCCAAAGAACUGGCGAUUCGCCCAUCGGAACAGCGGUCACAUUACAAUUCGCCGAAUCCCUCGCUAUCUACUCAAACGAAUGGCAUAAAAGUAAAUGGCUCAAAAAGUACCGAAAAUGUUGUUGUCAAUGGCCUACCAAUUAACAAUUUACCAAAAUAUACGCAAGAUGCACAGCCGCAAUCGCUGAACGGACUAACAUCGAUGAUUCCCGAAAGGGAUAUUGGUCCAACAUCCAUCAAAACUACACCAAUAAUUGGUAAACCAUUCCCACAUCGAUCGCUUUCGGGUCCGGCAAAAUUGACAAUCCAAAGUGUACCAGUAAAGUCGCAGCCACCGAUGCUUAGUGCUGGAUUGAGUAAAGCCACGCCGUUAAACACUAACUUGAAAGGAGUAUCAAAUAAUAAGUCAGAUCCUUUGUCGAACCAAGCGACACAGAUGCCUUCUUUAGAUGCAGCUAACUCGCCGAAAACAUCGGUGAAUCUUCGUUCACAUAAUCAUGGUGUUGCGCAUGACUUUCGCGGACUAGAGAGAGUAAAUGAAUGCCACAGUUCAUCCGAUGAAAAUAGGUCUUCGGGUCAUGCAAGUAUGUCGGACACAGGGCACGGCAGUAGCUCACCGGGUGGCAACUUGGGACCACUACCCGAAGAUCGUUUAUUAAGUGGAAAUCGUACAUCGCGGAAUCGAACAGCCAACACUGGCCAUUCACGUUCCAGACAUCGGGGCACUCCGGCAAAAGUUCCAUGGAGUGGAGGCGGACUGGAAGAUAUAAAAACGGCCAUUCAACAGUUGACAAUGAGAUCACAGACUAGCACUAGCACGUACAGUAGCUUAAGUGCAGGUAGCGAAAGUUCUGAACCUGCAAGGCGAUUAGGUCGAUAUUCUUCGAUGGAAACUGUUAACACAAAUGUUACAGCUGCUGAUGAAUUCAUUUGGGUGGACUCGCACAAUCGUUUAGUUGAGUUGCAACAUCCGCCAUGGAGUCAACAUUGUAUCCUUCGAGUUAUACGUGGUGGACGAUGUAGUCAACAUUCGGAAAGGAUAUCGACAGAAGCUGUUCCUCGACUCGGAUAUUUACUGCAAAGAGCUUUAGUCAGAAUUGCGAGAGAGGUGCAACGAUUAUCUAGUGGAAUUGGACUCUGUUCAAAACACGAAGUUUCAGGAGCAUUUAAAAUUGUUCUUUGUCCAGCAUUAGCUGAUUCUUGCAUAAAAGCAUGUCUGAGAGCAGCAGCAAUGUUUUCCGUUCCCGGUGAUAGUGCACUACGUCAAAGUAAAUCAUCUCGAGCUGGACUACAACUACCAGUAGGGCGGUUUCAUCGUUGGAUGGCCGAUGCUAGACUCGGUCGAUUUGUGCAUGAAUACGCGGCUGUUUAUCUCACAGCUGGGCUAGAGAAUUUACUCGAGGAAAUUCUACUUCAGUGUCUACCAACUGAUGCCACAUUGCCUUUGACUGCUUCAGGUCUUGAACAUUCGAUCGCCAGUUCAGGAGAUUUGUGGGGCUUAUUACAACCAUACGCUCAUCUGAAUGCUGGUCGUAUAGCAUCUGGUGCUCUUACAAUGCCACGAUGGACAAGUCAAUCGUCAAUAGGUUCGAAUUCUGGCUCGCAAAAUUCUACGAAUGCUUCAAUGGAACCGUGCCUGUUAACAACUUGCGUCGGAAAUAUAUCCGAACUCAAAGAUAUUGUACUUCGAGCCGAAAACAAAUUUCCUCACACUGCUUUAUCACAUGCAGCACUAAUAGCCUUGUUUUACUUCAUGCGAUGUUCACAGUUAUCUCAACUAGAAGAGCACUACGGUGGUUCGACAACUCUAAACGGGGGAAACAACAGCGUUCAAGAACUCUGCUAUGAAAGAGCUUAUGUCGUCCUUCCACCUUUAAUUGAAUGGUUACGCGUUGCUUCGGCUCACGCAGAAUAUAGACACUCCAUUUUAAUUGACAAGGAUGAUAUUAUGCAAUCUGCUCGUUUAUUGCUGCCGGGUGUAGACUGUCCACCAAGACCGGUAUCAAGUGAAGAAGAGCUGCCGUCUAAACGAACUUCUUUGAUGAAUGGAUCUUCAUCCCAACCUCCAAUAGCAAGCAAUCCAGAUGAGUGUAACGAAUACGGACGACGAGCUACACUCGCUCUGGCAUUCCGUUUAAUGUUAGCAGGUCGCACAGAACUGUUAUUACAAGCCAACUCAUUAUUACCACCAACCACCCGAUACGAUACUUUAAAUCACCACGGAAUGACUGCCCUUAUGGUUGCAGUUAUACGCAAUGACGAAGCUGUUAUUCAAAUGCUUUUAGAUGGUGGGGCCGAUCCGAAUGUUGAAGUUCCAUUGGUCGGUACACAAGGUUGUCCUGCUAUUCAUCCGGAAACUCAGCAAUGGACAGCAAUGACAUUCGCAGCAAUCCGUGGUAAUUAUGCGGCUGUAAGACUGUUGCUGGAACGAGGUGGACAUGUAGAAGGAGGUGCACGUUUAAGUGAAGAUAAAUGCACAUUGACGCCGCUUCAAGUGUCUAGUGGAGCCAGUGUAGAAGUGGUUUCACUUCUACUAGCACAUGGAGCGCAUGCAUUUUUAUCGACACAGCAAAAAGAUUCAUUCUGUUUUUCUGGAACGGCACAGCGUGGUUGUUACAGUUCAAUUUCAGUAGCUGCUGCGCAUGGAACACGGCAAUCGUUACGGAAGUUGUUAUCCCAUCCAUUAGCACCAACAAGUCGCGAAGUGUUAUCCUUAGAAGAAAUGCUAGCAGAAGGCGAUAGCAACACUAGGAGUGCUAUCGAUCGACAAAAUGAUGUUCAGCCUGCGUUGAAUAAAACACAAAUCAAAUGUUUACAGGAAGCGAUGUACCAUAGUGCCGAAAACAAUCACUUGGACAUUACCAUCGAGCUACGUGCUCUCGGUGUACCUUGGACGUUACACUGUUGGAUGCAUGCUCUUGCCGCCGCUCAUGAGCUACGAUUAGAUGCAGUUAUCGAUCAAUUACUUCAAGACUUUUUGCAAGUAUGUCCGGACGACUACAGUUCCCAGUUUGUUUCAGAGUGUCUACCUCUUCUGUUCAAUAUAUUCCGAUAUAGCAAGAAGGAAGGUACAACACUUCUCUUGGCCGAUAUAUUUGCUACAUGUUUUGGAUGGGAGUCAAUUAAAACCAUAAAGGAGCCCAUACUGCAGCCAGUCAAUGGUUCCCGAAUCGAUCCAAAGUUUGUAAAUAAUUCCGAGUUAAGUGACGUUAUGUUUCGAGUCGAGGGCAAAAUAUUUUACGGCCAUAAAAUCGUUCUUGUAACCGCAUCGCCGCGUUUCCAAAGUAUGUUGAGCCCAAAAUUAAGCGACGGUAAUACGCCAACCGUUCAAAUCAACGACAUCAGAUAUCACAUUUUUGAGCUGGUCAUGCAAUUCCUCUACAGCGGAGGUUGUGAAAUGCUUGAAGUAGUCCCUGGCGAUGUGUUAGAACUAAUGGCAGCUGCUAGCUUCUUCCAAUUGGAUGCCCUACUUCGUUUUACCGAGUCCAGAUGUUCGCAAAUGACUGACAUAGACAAUGUGGUCGCAAUGUACAUACAUGCCAAGGUCUACAAUGCACCAAAGCUGAUGGAAUAUUGUCAGGGAUUCUUGCUGCAAAAUAUGGUCGCUUUGCUAACGUACGACGAUUCUGUAAAGCGACUACUGUUUGCCAAAAAAAUUCCGAAUCACGAUGUCCUCAGUGGAUUGCUGACAACAUUACAAGCUCGAAUCAAGUCAAGGAGAUCACCACAAAAGACAGCUAAUAUUGCACGACCAGCUACAGUUACUUCGAAUAAAAUCAUUAAAUGAAAUGGCAAUAAUAUCGGAACUGAUCUGUUCCCAGUGUAACUAACUU